AUGCCACUCCGAGGCUCUGUCUCUACUUUUGAGGGUGAGGGCCUGAGGAGGAGGAAGAGAGAAUGGGUUAUUCCUGACCUCACUGUCGUUGAGAAUGACCGAGGACCCUACCCCCUAAAAGUAUCUCAAAUCCGUUCUAAUGAAGAGAAGACUAAGAAGAUCUUCUACAGCAUCACUGGUCCAGGAGUUGAUCAGCCUCCUGUUGGCCUUUUCACCAUGGACAGAAUCACUGGUAAUCUGUAUCUCACACAACCACUGGACAGAGAGAGGGAAGACAGGUACAUGUUUCAAGUACAUGCUGUUGCAGAAGGUUCAGGAAAUGCUGAGGACCCUAUAGAUGUUAUAGUGAAAGUAAUUGACCAGAAUGACAACAAACCUACUUUCGCUCAAAACACCUUUCUGGGAGAAGUUCCUGAGGCCUCACCAACAGAUUUAGAGGUGAUUAAGGUUGAGGCCACAGAUAUUGACCAGCCAAAUACUGCCAACUCAGAUAUCCGCUACCGUCUUAUCAGCCAGGAGCCACAGUUGCCCAGUGACUUCCUGUUUGUCAUCAACCCAGUCACGGGAGUCAUCAGAGUCAAUGCCAGUGGGCUAGACAGAGAGAAAUACCCCACGUAUACUCUGGUGGUACAAGCAGCAGACAUGGCGGGAGAAGGAUUGACUGGAGAAGCAAAAGUAAUCCUAACUGUCACAGAAAGCAACGACAAUGCUCCGGCCUCUACUCAGCCAUCGGUGCCCAUUCUCGAAUUUCCCAAGUCGGGUGAGGGGCUGAGGAGGAGGAAGAGAGAAUGGGUUAUCCCUGCCCUCUCUGUCGUUGAGAAUGACAGAGGACCCUACCCCCUAAAAGUAUCUCAGAUCCGUUCUAAUGAAGAUAAGACUAAGAAGAUCUUCUACAGCAUCACUGGUCCAGGAGCUGAUCAGCCUCCUGUUGGCCUUUUCACCAUGGACAGAAACACUGGUAAUCUGUAUGUCACACAACCACUGGACAGAGAGAUUAAAGACAGCUACAUGUUUCAAGCACAUGUUCUUGCAGAAGGUUCAGGAAAUGCUGAGGCCCCUAUGGAGAUUAUAGUGAAAGUAAUUGACCAGAACGACAACAAACCGAUUUUCAAUCAAUCCACCUUUCUGGGAGAAGUUCCUGAGGCCUCACCAACAGGUUUUGAGGUGAUUCAGGUUGUGGCCACAGAUAUUGACCAGCCUGAUACUGACAACUCAUAUAUCCGCUACCGUAUUAUCAGCCAGGAGCCAAGGUUGCCCAGUGACCUCAUGUUUGUCAUCAACCCAGUCACAGGAAUCAUCAGAGUCAAUGCCAGUGGGCUAGACAGAGAGAAAUACCCCACGUAUACUCUGGUGGUACAAGCAGCAGACAUGAGGGGAGAAGGAUUGACUGGAGAAGCAAAAGUAAUCCUUACUGUCACAGAUAUCAACGACAAUGCUCCGGUCUUUACUGAGGCUUCGUAUGAGGCAGUGGUUGAUGAAAAGAAAGUCGCUGCUCAGAUCUUAACGAUGUCAGUAACAGAUGGUGACGAACCACAUUCUCCAGACUGGAACGCCAAGUUCAGGAUUGUCGAUGGUGAUCCUGGAGGACUUUUUACCGUCAGAACAGGAAUUAACAGACAGGAAGGAAUCAUUUCUACUGCCAAGAGUCUUGACUUUGAGAAGAGCAGCACGCACACUUUGUUGGUUGCAGUGGUGAAUGAGGUUCCUUUUGCUGUUCCACUUCCCACUGCCACUGCCACAGUGGUGGUGACUGUGCGGGACGUCAAUGAAGUUCCAGUCUUUGAUCCAGUAGAGAUGCAUGUGGUAAAACGGGAGGACCUUGCUGUUGACAGUGAUGUGGUGCAGUACACCGCUUCUGACCCAGACAGACAGAAAAUCACGUAUAGAAUAAUUUCAGACCCUGCUGACUGGCUGAAGGUGGACAAAGACACAGGCCUGAUUAAAGUUAAAGGUGUUAUGGACAGAGAGUCCGUCUUCGUCAGCGACUACAAAUACAUAACACUCAUUGGUGCAUAUGACAAUGGUGAAGUCCCAGCCACAGGCACUGGUACUCUAAUAAUCCAGCUCAUAGAUGUCAAUGAUAAUGCACCCACCAUUGAGGAACGUGCAAUCAAGGUGUGUAAAAAGGAAUCGGCUCCUCUACUGCUGAGGGUAACAGAUAGAGACGGACCGGGCUUCGCUGGUCCUUACAGCGUCUCUUUACAGGGCAUGUCCAAGAACCACUGGAUCGCAAGGAUGGACAAAUACAGAACAGGCAUUGUCCUGAAUUUAUUCGCUGAGCUAGACAGUGGGGAGUACACUGUGAUCCUGAGGAUUGCAGACAACCCGGGCCUGGCGAGGAACAUCAGUGUACAGGCCACAGUGUGUGACUGCACUGGGGAAGAAGUGCUAUGCUAAGGGACGGUGGCAGAACUGCCUGUAAUCCUGGGAAUAUUGGGAGGCAAUCUUGCUCAGUAAUGUAGUAUGUAAAGAUGCUUAUGCUUACUCUGCUGUGAAGGAAG